ACUGUCGAAAUGUUGACUUCACAAUUAUAGUAGAAGCUAUAAUAAUUGCCUCAACGGUUUAUUUGAAGUUUUUUCUGUAAGUGCGUAGGAGAGCUAAAGCUGUUACAAAAAUAUCAGCACAUAUUACGAUUCGAGGAAAUGUUCGCGUUUAUAAUCAACUGUUUCGGACUUUUCGCAUGACUUUAACCUGUAUGGUUGUUUUUUUUUUCUCUCCUGUUUACAGUCAGUGUUUAAAGUUGGGGUAAACAGGUCGGUUAUAAAAAAUGAUCCGGAGAUUUCUCCCCGCUUCCGCUCCCACGCUUUCUGCCGCAGUAAGGUGCUUGUCUACGGGUUCGGUGAGCAUCAACGUCCCGCUAAACUACUGGGCUGGACAGAGAAGGAGAAGCUUAGAAAAACGCGAUAAGGAGAAAGUUUAUGAACCCGCCACGGGCCGUGUCUUGUGCCAUUUGGAGCCAUGUGGUAAAGAGGAGGUCAGUCAGGCUGUGGAGGCGGCUAAGUCGGCGUUUGGUCCCUGGAGCAGAAUGUCAGGGAUGGAGAGAGCAAGGAUCAUGAUAGAAGCUGCUCAUUUAAUCGAGAGCAGGAGAGAGGAGAUCGCUGAGAUGGAGGUGGUCAAUAAUGGGAAGUCAAUCACUGAGGCCCGUUUAGAUGUGGACUCUGCUAGACUGUGUAUAGAAUAUUAUGCAGGAGUGGCCAGCACUUUGGCAGGCCAGCAUGUUCAGCUACCUGGGGGAUCCUUUGCCUACACCCGCAGGGAGCCUCUUGGAGUGUGCGUAGGCAUCGGCGCCUGGAAUUAUCCCUUCCAGAUCGUUGCCUGGAAGUCCGCUCCAGCACUGGCCUGUGGUAACUCCAUGGUGUUCAAGCCAUCACCAGUCACACCAGUGACAGCGGUGCUACUGGCUGAGAUCUAUGCCAAGGCUGGAGCUCCAGAGGGGCUGUUCAAUGUGGUGCAGGGUGGACAGGAAACAGGCAGCUUACUGUGUCACCACCCUGAUGUCGCUAAGGUGUCCUUCACAGGAAGUGUGCCCACAGGACAGAAGAUCAUGGAAAUGGCAUCAAAGGGAAUAAAGCCGGUGACUCUGGAGCUGGGGGGGAAAUCUCCUGUGAUCAUAUUCAAGGACUGUGAUCUAGAGAACGCCGUGAGAGGAGCGCUCAUGGCCAACUUCCUGUCUCAAGGCCAGGUCUGCAGCAAUGGCACCAGGGUGUACGUGCAGAAGGACAUUAUGGCCGAGUUCGUUAAGGAGGUGGUUAGGAGAACUCAGGCGAUUACAAUAGGAGACCCACUGCUGGAGAGCACCAGAAUGGGAGCGCUGGUCAGCCUGCCACAUCUGGACAAAGUCUUAUCCUUUGUAGAGCAAGCAAAAAAAGAGGGAGCCAAGGUGUUGUGUGGAGGAGAACCUUUUGUCCCAUCGGAUCCUAAACUCAGAGGUGGAUACUACAUGACGCCGUGUGUCCUCGGUGACUGCACUGAUGAGAUGACCUGUGUGAAAGAGGAAAUCUUUGGUCCCGUCAUGUCUGUGCUGUCUUUUGAAACGGAGCAGGAGGUUCUGCAGAGGGCCAACAAUACUACACUGGGUCUGGCUGCUGGUGUCUUCACAAGGGAUGUUACCCGAGCUCACCGUGUGGUGGAACAGCUCAAAGCCGGAUCCUGUUUCAUCAACAACUACAAUAUCACUCCGGUGGAGGUUCCAUUUGGAGGCUUCAAAAUGUCAGGUAUAGGACGGGAGAACGGCCAGGUGACGAUUGAGUUCUACUCCCAGCUAAAGACUGUGUUUGUGGAGAUGGGAGACGUGGACAGCCUCUUUUAGACCCCCGCCCGCCCGCCAGAGGAAGUGUGAGCAGCGACCAGAGCGAAGGAGCCGUCAGAAGGAGGGAAUGUUCAGAGAAACCAGCUCUGAUUGAUGGGGAUCAAUUAAAGAAUGAUGUGUUUGCAGCACUAACUAAAUGAAUAACACUAAAACACGAGCUGUUAACAACCAGGUUUUAUUUCAGUGACCACUGAACACAUUUCUGCACUAAUGAACUGAACUCUUUACAGUAAGUUUGCUCUUUUUUAAAAUGAUCUCUUUAAUGAUCUCUGUAGCUUCGUGGUUAGAAAUCCCAUAAACUGAAGCAGAUCCUGAACAGUGGAUGUAAAUAAACUCGGGUAACACCGUGCUGAACUCCUGGCCUAAAUCCUCAUUUUCUUCCUCGCCCCAGAUUUAGUAGCCGCUUUUUUCUGCUGACGGAAAGGAAAAAGAUCUUCUUACCUUUUGUUCUAAUUCAUGUAAAAUCCUGCACAUUAUAAGGUUUGCUUCCGUCAUAUCUCCAUACUGUCCUGUACCUUUCUCAGCGGUCUUGGUUGUUUCUUAAACUGCCCAGACUCUGUUUGAAGCAAAGGUAAUGCAGUUUAAAAUGCUUUUAAGUGGUUGAAUUUCCAGACGGAGAUGUUCACCUACCAUCGUCAGAGGGAGUGCCUUUAUCAGCUUUUCUUGCAGGAGGAUUCUACAACAGCAAAAACAACAUAAGGGAACAAAACAAAGAAAGGAUCUAUGGUGGACUGUGAUGCUGUGCUGCAGUCUGAACCCACCUGGAUGGCUGUUUCCUUCACUUCGUUUCCUUCCUCUAGUUUCUUCACCUGGCCUUGGUCCACAGACACUCGGACUUUCAGUGAGUGGUAGCUUGUCUCCACAUGGCCCACUUUAAAGUGCACCGGGAUCCCUUGAAACCAGAUCCGGUCGUACACCCCUUCCUUGAAGCCUGGUGGUUGGUAGUCUGCAGGGGUGACUUUAAAAGCAGAGAAAACAAACAACUUGAUUCUCUGUGCUUUGUUGGUUUUUUUUUCUUCGUUUUUUUUGUUUUCUCUUAGGAAUGGAAAUCAAAGAUGAAAAUGACUUCAUCACAACUAACAGCUAUAAAAGAAAAAACUGUUGUUUCCAACUUGAUGAUUCACACCCUGGUGGCUUUAAGUUUUUGAGAAACCUUCAUUCUACCAACAUGUUUCUUCAGUUAUUAACAUUUUGAAUUGACCCAACAAGAAUCUUGAUGUUAAUUUAAAAGACAUUUACCUUUUUUUUCUAUCUUAAUUAUAGAUCAAUUGCUUACAUUCAUGUGAACUACAAAAGGCUCUAAUUUCUGAUCUGAUUUUUGUAUUAUUUUUAUUAACAUCCCAGUUGAUUUCUGAUGAUAGCUUGUUAUUGCAACUUGGCUGUCCUCAUGCAUCUGUACUAAAUGUUUUAUACCUCUUAACUAAAGGCUCGCAUCUUUAAUCCUUCUCUGCAAACAUUGGAUGUCAAGUCUUUGUGUUGUUUCUGGUUUUCAGUCAUUUUUUCAUUACUCAACCCUGAAAUAAAUGGCCUUUUUAAGGUCAUAUUUCCUUUGAAACUCAUUUAUAUUUACACACGGUGAGGCGGUCUGCAACUAUUACCGUCCAAAGGGAGAUUUCCGACUUCAGUUCGG